AUGAUAGAUCGGAUAUUAUUGGAUAUUCCAUGUCACGUGUGUGAAGAUCAUUCAUCAGGAAAACAUUAUGGUAUCUAUGCUUGUGAUGGGUUAAGAUCUAUACGACGUAAUCGUCAGUAUACAUGUAAAAGUCGUGGUACAACAGUUGGCAGUAAAUCUGGUAUCGUAGUCUGUCGAGUGGAUAAAUCUCAUCGUAAUCAAUGUAGAGCAUGUCGAUUGACUAAAUGUCUUGAAGUUGGUAUGAAUAAAGAUGUACAAAUUAUUAAAUUUUUUAAAAAAAUGUACGCUUCUGUCAAUUCUCAAUUAUGCUAUUAUUAUUUUAUAUAUUCUAGAAUAAAAUACAUGGAUGAUAAUAAUAAUAAUAAUAAUAAUAAUAAUAGUAAUAAUAAUAAUAGUAAUAAUAAUAAUAAUGACACAUUAACACGUAUUAAACAAACUUUAUACAUCUAUGUGAAUUAUUCAAUUAAUAAUAAUCAUGAUUCAGAUGGUGGUAUUUAUAUUCAUUCUGUUCAACAUGAACGUGGACCAAGAAAUUCUACAUUAAGACGACAAGUUGCUUUAUUGAUGACUAAUGAUCAUCAAACUAUACAUAAAUCACAAUUAUCUCAUCAAUCAAAUCAAUUAUAUCAUCAAUAUGCAACAUCAUAUCAACAAUUAUCUCAAUCAUCUAUUCAUCAAUCUAUACCAUUUCCACAAAUACCAAUAUCAACACAAUUGAUGCAUACUAAUACAUUAUUAGAUAUGACACUUGGAAAUUCAUUGAAUAUAAAUAAUGACAAAGAUACUACUACUACUACUACUACUAAUAAUAAUAAUAGUAAUAUUGAUCAACAAUAUUCAGAAAAUCCAUUAUCAAUUAAUAAUAUAUUGAAUUUUACAAAUCCUGCUUUUCUAUGCUUAAAAUCUACAAAUGAAUCACUACCUUUUUGUUCGACUACACCUUCAUUAUCAUUAUUGUCAACAUUGUCUUCUUCUUCUUCUCCUUCUACUACUACUAUUACUACUCCUACUGCUUCCACUUCCAAUACAUUGACAACAAUUACAUCUAUGAAUAAUCCCAUGGUUACUACUUCUAAAAUAAAUGAUGAUGUGAAUAUUCUUUUAACUAAAUCACCAAGUAUUGCUAUAUCAUCAUCAUCACCAUCAAUCUGUUCUACAUCUUCUACAAUGAAUAUCAACAAUAACAAUAAUAGUAAUAAUAAUAGUUUUCAUUAUUUAAAUUAUUUACCUUCUAUGUUUAAUUUAUCUAAUCCAUUUAAUUUAAAUUUUCCAAAUAAUAAUUAUUUUUCAACCAUAAAUAGAUCUACAUUACCAUUCAGUAUGAUGAAUACUACUACUCAUAAUGCUAUGAGUAGUGUUAUUACGAACACUACUGAUAGUAGUACUAUGAAUAUUGACAAUAUUAGUACUACUACUGCUACUACUACUACUACUACCACUACUACUAAUACUACUACUAAUACUACUAAUAACAGUAGUAAUGAAAGUACUAUAAGUAGUAUGAAUUGUUUAAAUAAAAAUGAUAAAUUAAACAUUAAUAAUAUUGAUCCAAUAGAAUAUCCAUUCAGUAGAAAUAUACUUGAUCAAUUACAUAAUCCUUCUCAUAACAAUAAUAAUGAUAAUGAUGAUCGUGAUCAUGAUGAUCAUGAUGAUGAUGUUACCAUGUCUAAUGAACAAAUGACAAUCUUAUCAUCAAAUAUAAAAACAACAUGGAAUAAAGCAUUAGCAUUUGCUAAAUUAUAUUUACCAAAUUUAUUUACAUAUUCAAAUACACAUAAUGAUUAUAUUGAUCAUUCUAUUAAUAAUCAAUAUAUAGAUUAUACAAAAUCAUUAUUACAUUUUCAAUCAAUUUUAAAAUUAAAUAAUCAAUAUGAUUAUGAAAAAUCAAUAUUAUGGCCAUGGUUUAUAUCAAAUUAUAAUCAAUUUACUGAUUCAUUAUUAUAUUCAACUUGUAUAAAUGAUUAUAAUUUGAAUAAUAAUCCUUCUAAACAAAAUAAUCAUAAUAUAAUUGAACCCAAUAAUAAUGAUCAUGUGAAUUUAACACAGAAUUGUAAUAUGAAUUCAGGGAAUAAAAUGAUCAAUACAUUAUAUCCUACAAUUCCAAUAUUAACAUCAUCAGUAACAUCUACAGUGAUAUCAAAACCGAUAACUAUUACUCAAUUACCGUAUCAUUCUUCUUCUUCUUCUUCAUUAUUCAACUUAUCACAGAGUAUGAUAAUGAAUAUAAAUGAUAGAUUUAAGAAUUGUACAAAUGCAUGGCUUUUAAAUGAAAGUCAAUCCAUGCAAAGGAAAUAUGAUUUAGUACAUCAAAAAGAAAAUCCACAACAUUGUCAACCAUUACCUCCAUCAUAUUCAGAAGCAAUAAAAAAUCAAAUCACUAUAUCAAAUGGAUUAUUAUUAUCAUCAUCAUCAUCAUCGUCAUCAUCAACAAUUAUUGAUUUAAACAAAACUAUAUUAGAUUCAACAACUAGUGAAUGUUCAAUAUUAAAUCAAUCCAAUGAUAACAAUAAUAAUAAUAAUAAUAAUAAUAAUAAUAAUAAUAAUAAUAAUAAUAACAAUCCAUACUAUUCAUAUUCAUCAUUAAUUCCUUCUUCUCCUAUUAUGAAUGGAUUAUUACCAUUUUCUCCAUUGCCUUCUAUAUCUUCCAUAUCAUAUUGUAAUCAUUUUCCAUUGAUUAAUUCAUCUUAUCUCUCUACGUCAUCAGCAACAACAACAACAACAACGGUGACAACAACAACUUUGUCAUCACCAUUCUUGUCAACAUCAACAUCAAGUUUAUCAAUAUCAUCAAAGUAUUCCUCCUCGUCCUUCUCCUCCUCCUCCUCCUCAUCAUCAUCAUCAUCAUCAUUAAUAAAUACAACAUGUUUACCAUUGAAUAUAAUACAAUAUUAUUUAAAUCAAUUAUUAUUUCAAUUAAUGAAUUGGUUAUGUCAAUUUAGACCAGAUUUAAAAAUAAAUGAACAUUUUAAUUGUUCUAUAAAUAAGUACAAUAUGAUUAAUUCAAUGUGUCAACAAUGGGAUUAUUUAUUUGGUAUAACACUUUUUUUAGAAUUUUAUAAAAUGUCAUUAGAUGGGACUACUACUACUACUUAUAAUAAUAAUAAUAUUAGUAGUAGUAGUAGUGGUGGUGUUGGUGGUGGUGAUAUGGAUGAAAUAAAUGAUCAAUCUAUUGUUUUUAAUAAAAUGCAUUAUUUAUGGUUGGAAUUUGUAUGUAAACCAUUAGUUAUAUCAUGGAAUAAUGUGAAGAAAUCAAAUAUUGAUUUAUUAACGACUUUAUCAGAAUCUAAUUCAAUAAUUCAAUUAUUUUCACAAUUAAUUAUUUUAAAAUUAAAUGAAGAAGAAAUUGAUUGGUUAAAAAUGAUGAUAUUAUUUAGUCCAACCUCAGGUAAUAUGCUGAUUGAUUCAUCAUUUCAAUUAACACAUAAUUAUGUAAUCAAAUAUUAUCAAACAAUUUUAAAUGGUUGUUCAAUACGUCAAGAACAAUUAAUGCAUUUAAUUCAAACAAUUUAUUCAUGUAUUCAUAUAAAAUGUUAUUUACCUUAUAAUUGGUUAAAAUAUUAUAUUGAAUGUAUAUUUCAAAUAAAUAAUGAAAAAUUUAAUUUAAUUAUUAAACAAAUGAUAUUGACAGCAAUAGAAACUUCUGAAAUGUUAAUGAUGACAACAUCAUCACAACCAUUACCAUCACGAACAACAGCAACAGUAACAACUAAUUUACAUUAA